AUGUCUGCUCCUGUCAUCCCCGCCGGCGGCACCAUCGUCGACACCUUCAAGCAGUCCUUUGUCGACGUGCCCAUUGAUGCCGAACAUGGCAACGCCAUUGCCACCAGCCCGUUCCUCGACGCUGCCGAGUCCCUAACCACCAUGUUUGAUGUCCUGGGCUCCGUCGCCUUCUCUCCCGUCAAGAGCGACAUGCUGGGCAACGUCAAGAAACUCCGUGACCGCCAGGCCGCCGCCCCCGCCGAGUCCAAGAACAUCCAGGACCUCUGCCGCAACGAGCUCAAGACCAAGAAGCACACUGCCACCGAGGGUCUCCUGUGGCUCGUCCGUGGUCUUGAAUUCACCUGCCUCGCCCUCAGCGCCAACGUGGCCAAGCCCACCGAGGAGCUCGCCGACUCCUUCCGAACCGCCUACGGCUCGACCCUGAAGCCUCACCACAGCUUCCUCAUCAAGCCCGUCUUCAGCGCCGCCAUGAGCGCCUGCCCCUACCGCAACGACUUCUACAGCAAGCUGGGAUCCGACCAGGACAAGGUCGUUUCCGAUCUGAGGGUCUACCUGGCCUCUCUGGAGAAGAUUGUCGGCAUCCUGAAGGGCUUCCUCGACACGGAGGGUAAGUGGUAA